AUUCGGCGUGAUUGAAAGGUAUUGAAGGGAGCGAGCUCCAUAGAGCGAAGUCGUGAUCGCUGCGAUUCUCUCUCUCUCUUUUUUAUCUUAAAUCGUUUAUCGUUUUCGUGAAAUGGAAAGAGAAAAGUCUCAAAAAAUCUCAACUCGUUUCUCUCUCUUUCUCUCUGAGCUGUAUUUAAUUUGUUCUCAAAUCACGUAAACAAUACGUGGCGCGUUAGUCAAUCGUUUGCUCUUCAAAAAGAACAUUUGUUUAACAACGCUCAUUCGGCGCAGAGUGUUUACUCAUGCGCGAACGGCCUCGGUCGUGCGACUGGCGGCCUGUCACCAUUUGCCGUCAUAAACAAAUUCGCUGGUGUGCGACGUGCAUCGUUCGACUCCGAUUUCAAAAUGGGAAAACAUCGCGGCUGAGCGCACGCAAGCGAGAUUUGAAGUAACUUAUCCGUUAAGUCCGCUGCGGAAAAAGAGGAAUAUCCGAAUAUCGCCGCACAUUCAAGAUGACAUUACCGGGAAUCGGCGUGUUUGGCACGGGGAGCAUCGUCAGGAUCAUCAUACCUUUCCUGCGAGAGAAAGGCUUCAGGAUUGAGGCUAUAUGGGGCCGCACGCUGGCGGAGGUCUCGCAAGUGGCGAGCGAUCUUGAGAUACCGUUUCACACCAGUCGCAUAGAUGAUGUUCUCUUGAGGAAGGACGUAGAUCUGAUCUUUAUAAUGUGCUCACCGAGCCUACACUCGCAGAUCGCUGUCAAAGCCCUGGGCAUAGGGAAGCACGUCGUGUGCGACAAGCCUGCUGGCUUGAGCCAGAGCGAAGCGUUGAAAAUGGUACGGGCUGCGCAGUAUUACCCCUCGCUGAUCAGCAUAGUCAAUCACAGCUUGAGGUUCCUGCCAGCCUUCGUGCACAUGAAGAAGGCUCUGGAGGACGGUUACCUAGGCGGAUUCGUGACAGUUAUCGAAAUCAGAAUUCACAUGGGAAGCUUGUUGCACGAUGGAUAUGACUGGCUGUGCGAUGACACCAUGGGCGGCGGGAUCCUGGCAUUGGUGGGCAGUCACGUCAUAGACUUGAUCUUUCACUUGAUGGGCCAGCGGGCGUCGAGGGUGCACGCGGUCGUGAGAACGUUCACGCAAACGACCAAGCACAUCAACGGCAUCAGGCACGUCACGUCGCCGGAUUUCUGCAGCUUUCAGAUGGAGCUGAGCGGCGGUACUCUGGUAACGGCCACGCUGAGUAAUCACUUGCAGGGACAGCUUUCCCAGGAGGUGUUGAUAUGCGGCGGCGGCAAUCACCUGAUCGUGCGCGGCGGAGACCUCUACGGAUGCCGCAACGGCGAGGAAGCGGUCCUGUACCGCGACACGGACGACCUGCAGGGGAUAUCGUUACCGAUCGCGGACUCCAUUCCCAGGCCGUACAUCAAGGGACUUCGGAAAAUGAUCGCGGCGUUGCGGGAGGCCUUCCAAUCCGUCGAGGACAAGAGAGGCUGGGUCAAGGAGCCGGUAUUCUCCGCGUCCACGUUCGAGGACGGCCUGUACGUGCAGGCAGUCAUCGACGCGCUGCGACAGAGUAACAAACGGCGCGAAUGGGCCAAAGUCAACAUCCUCACGGAAGAGCCGGACCCGAAUCCUCUAUUGAGCGCUGCUGUCAGGGCUACGGCUAUCUCAAUAUGAAGAUCCAUCUCGAAAAUCGAUCGUUUCUUACGAGGAUCUACAGUAUAUUCUAUGGGAAUGAUACAUCGAUGAACUAACCGCGGAAAGUAUUUCUGGCAGCUGAUUUUUAUUAUGUAUCACUCAUUUUUAUUCGCUUUUAAUUUACGAUUACUAAUUAUGAUAUCGCGAUAAUGACGUUAAUGUAUCAUAAAUUAACUUUACUACUAUCGUGUGUGUACAUACAUAUUGUAUAUAAAGUACUCGUAUUUAUAAACUGGUUGUGCUUAAAGUACGCUAAAUACAUGAACUAAAAUAUUU